AUGAACUCGAAAGGACUAAAUUAUAUAAACUCAUUUCCCACAAACGAACAAUAUGAUGCGAAAACUUGCAGUUGUCGGCAACUUGUUCUACAGGAGGAUUGGGAAGACCAUCAGGUAGUUUGUUCUGAAAGGAGACUCAUAUGUCCGGCCUAUCUCGCAUUUUUGAAUUUCCAGAGUGAACAACAAGAAUACUAUGAGUGUUCGUUGACAGUUGUCGAUUCCAAUUGCCCGAUUUCGUUAAAGGAAUUAGCAAAAAUACGUAUAUUAGAGAAUAUAAACGGUAACCUUGACUCCAUACUUUCCGCAGGAGAAUUACCAUUCUCGAUAAUGCACACACUAAGCUACGAAUGCCCUACAUUUGGGAGUUUAAAUGCGUUAUCUGAACAUGUGACACGCAGUUGUCCGUACUGGAAAGUGAAUUGUUUGGUGAAAACGCAGUAUUUUUUGAUACGUCCCGAAGACUUAUUUUAUAGAGAUUGGCAUUGGCAGAUGCAUGAAGUUACGCCUUCGCCAUGUGUAAAUACCGGAUUGUCACGGUGUAAUUUUUUGGAGGUUCAUUCCAAAGCGGUGUCAUUAGAUCCAAUAUCUCACAAGUUAAAACCAAUACAAUUUCUAUAUCCAUUCUAUUGUUCAUCUUGUGAACAUUAUUUCCCCGAAAACACAACAAAACAUCUUUGCGCACGUCCAACAUCAUCAUUUUCGCUCUCACCACCAUCACGAACAAUAAUAGUAUGUCAGGGGUGUAAAAAGCCGCUAAAAAAUCCACGAAAAUCAGGAACAUAUCAACAACUGGAAAACAAUUGUACAUUAUGUGUUCAUAAAGAAUUAGAUCCAAUAUCCCACAAGUUAAAACCAAUACAUAGAACAUAUCAACAGUUAGAGAACAAUUGUACAUCAUGUAUCAAUAAAAAUCAAGUAAUCCGCAUAAUAGAAUCACCACCACCAUUGAUCCCUUCUGAUAAUCUUGGUAGUAUUGUUCUAUGUCAAGCAUGUAAAAAUCCAUUGAUAAAACCUCGCGGUAGUAGUGGUGGUAAUGGUGGGUAUCGACAAGUCGAAAACAAUUGUAUAUAUUGUGAUUCAGGAUCAAUGAUUAUAUUUUUGCCGGGUUUGGGUAGUUAUUUCCCGCCUUCUUCGCGACAAAAUAGAAACAACAGCAGCUUGUAUAGUGAUUGUUUAGUGAAUCAACGAAGUAAUUGGCAGGAUAUUAAGGGUAAAUUAAUGAAUAAGAAAAAGAGUUAA